AUGGCAGCCCUUCGUGCGCGUUGGGAUGCUGACAAGUUGGUCGCACCAGACUGGCUCAAUAAUGGCGACAAUGCCUGGCAGCUGACGGCAGCUACACUGGUAGGCCUGCAGUCCGUUCCAGGCCUGAUGGUUAUGUACGCCGGACUUGUAAAGAAGAAGUGGGCGAUCAAUAGUGCUUUUAUGGUUCUAUAUGCAUUUGCCUCCGUCCUUAUCGUAUGGGUCGUGUACGCCUAUAAGGCCAGCUUCGGCAAACAGAUGCUCCCCUUCGUCGGAGUUCCCGGCCCCGCCGUCGAGAUGGACUAUGAGCUCAAGCAAGCAGUUCUCCCCACAGCCGGCCUCACCGCCGCCUACCCUAUGUCUACGAUGGUAUACUUCCAGUUCGUCUUCGCGGCCAUCACUGUGGUCCUCAUAGCCGGCGCUGCUCUGGCACGAAUGAACUUCCUAGCCUGGAUGGUCUUCGUGCCCCUGUGGAUCACGCUCUGCUACACCGUUGGUGCCUUCAGCAUCUGGGGCGGCGGUUUCCUCUACACAUUGGGCGUGCUGGACUACUCAGGCGGCUACGUUAUUCACGUAUCAUCUGGUACCGCAGGCUUCGUGCUUGCAUACUGGGUUGGACCCCGCCACCCACGCGACCGCAACGACUUCCACCCCAAUAACGUACUGCUCGCGCUCGUGGGCGUUGGCCUCCUCUGGCUGGGCUGGAAUGGCUUCAAUGGUGGAGACCCCUACACCGCGUCCCCAGACGCUGGUGCUGCGGUGCUGAACACCAAUAUCUGCACCGCCAUGAGCAUGCUCACCUGGACUGUCAUGGACCUGAUCUUCUUCAAGAAACCAUCAGUUAUCGGCGCCGUUCAGGGAAUUAUCACAGGCCUCGUUGCCAUAACGCCCGCGGCCGGCUUUGUCGCUGGUUGGGGAGCCAUCAUCAUCGGAGUGUGCUCCGGCACUAUCCCUUGGAUCUCAAUGAACGUUCUCGGCAAACAAAAGUUCUUCCUCGACUUCUGCGACGAUGUCGUCGGCGACAUCCACACACAUCUGGUGGGUGGUAUUGUGGGCGGGUUUCUCACCGGCCUGUUCGCCACCAGCGAGGGCACCGCGGCAUUCGCGCUCGCGCCUAGCGGUGGUGCCAUCGACGGCAAUGGCCGCCAAGUCUGGGUGCAGAUAGUAGGCUUCCUCUUCAUUAUGGGAUGGAACGCUUUCUGGACCAGCGCCAUCUGUCUGUUCAUCAAGUACGUCUUGCGCAUCCCGCUGCGGUACAGCGAGGCAGUGCUGCUGAUAGGCGACGCCGAGAUCCAUGGUGAGGAACCAUAUGCAUUCUUCCAUGAUGGGAGGUAUGAGUAUGAUUCCAAAUAUGGCCAGCCUGAGGCCGGGAUCUUGCAUGGGACGGAUCCCGAGGGACAUCCUGCUGCAUUGGUGUCGAGAUCUAGUGGAAGUGGAGGUCCGAGUGACGAGGACAAGAUAGAGAAGCAGGAGUGA